AUGAGGAUUUUCUCUGCUUUGCUCUGGAUUCUUUUCCCAGGCUGCUGGGCGGUGACGGGCCCCGGGGCAGUGCGCGGCCCCCCGGGCGGGUCGGUGGCGGUGCGGUGCCGGUACGACUCGGGCUAUGAGGAUAAUCCGAAGUUCUGGUGCCGGGCAGGAUAUUGGGCAGGAAGUUGGCGCUGUUCCAAUGGGAUUCACAUCGUCGAGACCGACGGGUCGGAGGCGGAGGUGAGGUGGGGCAGAGUCUCCAUCCGAGACAAUCGCACCCAGCGCGCGUUCACCGUGACCGUGGAGAACCUGACACCGGCAGACGCCGGCACGUACCACUGCGGGGUGGGGAAGAAGUGGGAUUUUGAUCCCAGGGACACUGUGACACUCACCGUCUCCCCAGCUGUUCCUACCUCACCACCGACGACACCAGAAAAGGACCUGACCGUUGCCACCUCCCCAUGGACUGAAGUAGAUGCUCUUGCCAGAUUUCCAAGCACUUUACAAAGUACACCAAACCUCGUCCUCUACAUCCUGAUCCCAUCCGUCCUGCUGGUUCUGCUUUUCAUUUUGUUCAUAUCUGUAAAGUUUAGAAGAGCAUCGCAGAGGAGGAGAAAAGCCCUUGAGGACACACCAGGACAAAAGGAUAAGAACGUCUAUGUCUGUAUCACGAAUCCUGGGCACAAGCCUCCCUUCAGUGCAUCAGAUCCUGCUGCCACUGGCCAGAUGGCAACCUAUAAGAACGAGCAGCACCUGCCCAGCUCAGCUGAUCCGGCAUCUGUGUAUGAAAGCAUGAUCCCGCAGAAGAGUCAGGUUUCAGGACAGAGAAAAGCAGUUUUUUCUGGCCCACAGGACUGCUCAGCCACAGAUCAGCAGGACACCUACGUCACUAUGUGCACAAUCACACCCCCUCCCCCCAUGAUGUGUCAUCAAGCAAAGUGUGGGAGAAAAGCUGCAGGCUGAAGCCCUUCCUACUCACGGGAUAUUUAACAGCUCAUCCUUAUUUUCCUACUGUCCCAUGAAAGCUUCCGGACUGGCAUUCCCUCUGCCCUGCUUCUGCUGAGCAAUCUGCCAGGAGCAAGAUGUGGUGGGGAGGUCCCACUUCCAGCACGACUGUCUUCAGAAAUGUACUGGGGGCCAACAGCUACUGCAAAGUGCUUCUCCUUUCCUGGACAUCAGCUUGAAACUGCACAAAGUCUUGGUGGCUCCGGUUCCUGAAGGGCCGGAGGUUUUCCUCUGGCGCUCGUUGUGGCAUCUCUCUGCUCCAGCACCACAUAAUUGCUCAUAAAACUUACUUGGUGCAAAGGAGCUUGGUUCUGGGGUCAGAACCUCAGGAUGAUGAGGCAACUCUUUGGCUGGAGGAGAUAUGGGGAACAGGGCCUCAGAGAGGCUGUGAAAAUAACAAUGGGAAGACGAGGCAGAAGGAAACAGCUUUGUCCUUCAUUUCCCCAGUCAGCAUGGAGUUAAUUGUGCUGGAAUCUUUUUACCCCCAAUCCCAUGUUAGCACAGUGGCUUAAAACAAGAAGGGCACAUGGAUUCCCCCAUUUGAUAUAGGUUAUAGUGAAAAGAUUGAGAGCCCAUUCCCAGAAGUUCUUUUUGGACAUCUUCAUCUUUGAUCCUAAAUACCCCGUGGGACACAUGUAAAGAAUUUGGACACAAGACCAAUAUCAUUCUGGAGUGUAGGAACAGGAGUGUUGUAUGAAAGACACGAGAGAUAAUGGUCUGACCCUAGCCUCAUCUCCACCAUGUGCACCACUAGGUUUCCUCAUACUAUCCACCCCCUAGCACCUCCAGUAACCCCACGUUGAGUCAUGAUGCUGGAGUGGCGGGGAGUGGGGAAUUGGCUCCUUCUCUCUAUUUUGCCCACAGGAGCUCCACUCUUCUUUAAACUCUGCCGCCAAACACCUCCAUGAUAACCCCCCUGCCUGCACAGCUCCCACCAGAUCCGCUCGGCUCCUGCAAUAUUACCAGCUCUCAUGGUUUUAGUGCAAGUCUCACAACGUUCGCUGCUUUGUUUAAAGCCCCAACUCCUGGAUUCUUGGGAUAAUGGGAGAAUCUCAGCUUUCUCUAGAUGAUGGGAGAAUCUCAGCUUUCCUUAGAAAAGAAACAAGAUGUUUCCAGCCCACCCCACAGCAGAGAAAAAAUUGAAAAGGUGACCCAAGUGCACCCUUAGGUUUCAAAAAGUGGAAGAUUAAAAAAAGAACCCAAAAGGCAUCUUGAAAUGAACAAAAACUCUUGAGAUUUUAAAACCAAUCUCAUGGUUGAGGCCCUACACAUGAUUUUUGAAUGCUUGAGGGAGAGGGACAAUAUCAGUGGUGCCAUAUAGAAAUAGUUAGUGAUGCAGACACACAGACAGCUGAAGCCUCAGCUGGUAUGUCUACACCAGUGGUUCUCAACCUAUUUACCAUUGUGGGCGGCAUAUUCAGCUCUCUGUGUGUUAUGUGAGCCACAUCCACACAAUAUAUAUACUACCUGUA